AGAAAAAUUUUACAUUCAUCUGAAUCUCGACACGACUCGACCCAACCUGCUGAGGACUGAGGAGUAUAUGACUUUUCUAGCUAGAACGAGACACCAAAGCAAGCGACGUACCACUUAGAAACUCCCACUUGUUGAGAGAGGGAGAGAUGGAAAAGAAUUGCCAUAGACGUCGGCGGUUGGUUCUACUGCCAUGUCCAUUCCAAGGCCACAUAAAUGCCAUGCUUCAGCUCGGCACCAUCCUUCACGCCCGUGGAUUCUCCAUCACAAUCGUCCACGCCGAGUUCAACUCUCCGGACCCUUCGAACCACCCGAAUUUCAAUUUCCUUCCAAUACCGGAUGGCUUAUCCGAAGCCGAUAUCUCAUCCGGGGAUCCGGUAAGUAUUCUAUGGCGGAUUAAUGCCAACUGCAGAUCCCAUCUCCGUGAAUGCUUGUCUCAGAUGAUGACGGCACCGGCACGUGAAGGCCCAGAUGACGGCGAUAUCGCCUGCAUCAUCUACGAUGAAUUCAUGUACUUCUCAGAGGCCGUGGCCAAUUCUCUGAAGCUUCCAAGCAUCAUCUUAACCACCAUGAGUGCUGCCACUUUUCUUGCUCGCACCGCCCUAAUCCAACUCGUGGCGGACGGUCAACUUCCCUUCCAAGAUUCUGUGUUACAGGACUCGGUUCCAGAGCUUUAUCCACUCAGAUAUAAGGAUCUACCAAUUCCCUUGUUCGGAAUAUGUGAUACCUUUUCAAAACUAGUACUUGAAGCGUACAAGAUUAGAACAUCUUCAGCCAUCAUUUGGAAUACCAUGGACUGCCUUGAACCAUCGUCGUUGUCACAUAUCAAACACCAAUUCCAAGUUCCAAUCCUACCCUUGGGCCCUAUGCACAAAUUUGCCCCAGCCUCCAGCAGUAGCUUAUGGAAAGAGGAUACUAGCUGCAUGGAAUGGCUUGGGAAACAAACUAAACACUCAGUUAUAUACGUGAGCUUGGGAAGCAUAGCAUCCAUGGAUGAGAAGCAGCUAGCCGAAUUGGCAUGGGGACUAGCCAGCAGCCAGCAGCCUUUCUUGUGGGUGAUUCGGCCGGGUUCAGUUCACGGUUCAGAAUGGAUUGAAAUACUACCCGAAGGUUUCAAAGAAAAUAUUGGAGAUAGAGGUUGCAUUGUGACAUGGGCACUGCAGAAGGAAGUUUUGGCGCAUAGCGCAGUGGGAGGGUUUUUGAGCCAUUGUGGUUGGAAUUCAACGCUGGAGAGUAUUUCCGAAGGAAUUCCAAUGAUAUGCAGACCGUAUUUCGGGGACCAGAGAGUGAAUGCAAGGUAUGUGAGCCAUGUAUGGAAGGUAGGCUUGGAAUUGGAGAACGAGAUGGAAAGAGGUGAGAUAAAGAGAGCUGUAAGAAGAGUAAUGGUGGAAAAGGAAGGGGAGGCCAUGAGAGAAAGGGCUAAGAAUUUGAAGGAGAAUAUUGAACUUUGUAUUAAAGAAGAUGGUUCUUCCAACAAUGCCUUGAACAGGCUGGUGGAGAUGAUCAUGUCAUGAUUGUAAUCUAAUAACACAUCUACUAUCACAACUUUUCUUGAUCUGAAAUUUUUUUUUUUAAUUUUUUUUGAAUGCUCUAGAUCUAGAUCUGAGGACUGUCCCUCUUAGUAUCUUGUAUUAUUUUUUACUCCCUACCAAAGAUCUGCUUUCCUUAUUUAUUUAUUUUGGCCAAUAACCAUAACUAAAUCCAAAAGACAUUCACCCUUGCCUCA